AUGCAGUUCUGGGUCUUGUUGACCAGCUUUGCGCUGCUGGUGCUGCUGGUAACGUACCUCUGGCUGGUGAAUCGCUCCAUCAGUAUCUCACCUCCAGAGGGACUGCGUCUGGCUCAAAAGCCAUGGACGACGGAGAAGGUUCAGGACGCGUUUCGUGAGUUCCAGGCAUCUCCAACGGAUGUCACGCCAUAUCUAUUCGGAAAGAAGAAUCGUCGCUAUAUUGUUGUUGGCGGAUCCGGACUCGUCGGAGGUUGGAUCGUGCAGCACUUGCUGAUGCGAGGCGAGGAUCCGCGGGCCAUUAGAAUCGUAGACCUUAGCAGACCAACAAGGAAGGAGGUCGUGGAGGGAAACAAGGGGGUCGACUAUAUUAAAUCAGACAUAACAGACGCGGAUGCCAUAUCGAAGGCCUUCAACGCACCAUGGCCCCAGAAGACAAAAGCGCUGCCGCUGACGGUGUUUCAUUGCGCGGCGCUGAUCAGCCCUGCUGAUAGACACCAAGACUUCCUCCCAACUUACGCGAAGGUCAAUAUAAAUGGCACAGCCAACUCCAUCAAGGCCGCUCAGGUAGCCGGCGCAUCUUGCUUUAUCUGGACAUCUUCAGCGUCUGUCGGCCUCAAGAACCCGAAUUACUUUGGCUGGCCAUGGCAGAGCCGCUCCUCGACAAAUACCUGGCAGCUGGUCCCCAACGCCGAGCCUACGUUCACCAUUCAUGAUGACUCCAUCUCCCCCUACGGCUCCUGCUACGCGUGGACCAAAGCACAAGCGGAGAAACUCGUCCGAGGCGCACACAACCCAUCCUCAAAUUUCCUCACGGGCGCCAUCCGCCCAGGCCACGCCAUCUACGGACACGGGGUGGAAAACCCGUCGAGCAUAACAUGGGAUUAUCUGCGGCGCGGCGGCUCACCGAGCUGGAUCGGGCCCUGCAUCGCGAACUUUGUGUCUGCGCAGAACGUCUCGAUCGGCCACCUGGCAUACGAAGCGACCCUCCUCAAAACCCCCCGCAAGGGAGGCAAGGCGUACUGCGUCACGGACCCAAACCCGCCGAUCCGGUAUCAGGACCUGUACACGACGCUGAUCACGCUCGCUCACCCGACGACGCCAAUUGCGUUUCCAUAUAUGCCGCACAUGCCGCUGCUGCUGCUCUCGUACGGUGUGGAGCAAUAUCGGGUGCUGCGGAAUCGAUAUACUUGGUUGGAAGCCGUGCUCCCGCCCGUCACGGGCGAUUUGGUCUACGUGCAGCCUGCGGUGUCCAGCUUGUGUGCCUUGCAUACUGUCUACACGGAUACUGCUGCGCAGGAGGAGAUCGGAUAUCGUGCUGCGAUCACGACCAUCGAGGGGUUCGUUCUUGCGGUUUUGGACUGGAAUGCAAAGAUCGAGGGAAAAGAAAAGGCAAGGAAGGGCUUGGACAGGGGUUGA